UCUGCUUAUCUGGGCUGUGGAUCAGCCAUACAGACUAUACGUGUGUAUCACCAUGCUUGAACUAAGGCAAACGCACACCAGGCAAUCACUAUAUGCAAUUUGCUAGGUUCUGCUGCUUAACAUCAGACAGACCAUAGCAUUUUCCUUUAAGCAAAACAAAGAAUGGUGCCUUCAGAAGAGAGGUAGUAAAGCACACAGUACCAACUAAAGCUGUUCCACGAAAUACCACAUAUAUCAAUUAAAGCCUUUCAGCAUGGAAAACCUUCAUUGAUGCUGUAAAGAGCAGCUUUGCUGUGUCAUCCUUUUGAGAUGAAGACAAUGCUGCAGAGUGCAAUGGCUUCACCUAGCCGAGUUCAGGAGUCCAGAGACCUCCUGGAAAACUUGUACAGUAGAUUUUUAUCUCUUGUUCAGUUGAACACAAACUGAGCAACUAAAAUUAAGUAGAAAAGGGGGCAACAAUAAAAUCUAUGAGCUUGUCAGCAGUGAGAGGAAAGGGAAAGCAGGGGCCCAUUACUGAAUGGGAAAGGGAGCGAAUAACAGAUGAUGUGUAAUCGAUUGAAGGAUACAGCACCCUCUUUUUGUUUCAGUAGAACAAUAAAGUUUAGCAACGAAGAUAAUUAAUAUGAUUCUUUUUAACAAGAUGAUAGUAGCACACAGAAUUUGAGUUAAAACCCUUAGCAGUGUUAAAUUCUGCAGGGCCAGGCAGCAUUUGCCCUAAAAUAUUUUUUGCAAAAAAAAGAACAACAAAAAAAACUCAAGUGAACCGCAACAACUACCUGAAGCAGUCUCUGCCAUGUUGAAAGUCAUUUCUGAGAAGCUGUGCUGAACAAGAAACCUAGAGGACUUCUGAAAGAUUAACAGUCUCCUCUUCAAAUGUAGGAAAAAUACAGCCCAAAAUAAUGAUAAACCAAUUAGCAUGACUUCAUUCUUUAAAAGGAUUCUGGCAUAAAAAUACAUAUUUUUAAAAUAUCUAAAGGAUUAAAAAGUGAGAAACAAUAUAAAUUGAUGAAUCAACUUCUGUCUUUGACUACAGAAUUUACUUGAUGAUAAUGGGGAAGAAGCAGAUAAUAAUUUGACUUUGGUUAGUAUUUUUGACAGAGUUCGAUUUUAAAGGAAUACUAAGGAAGCUAGUUGGCUUAAAUGAUACCAGCUAGACUUACGAAUGAACGAUUAGACUUUUUGAAAAUGCACUGGAUUAAUCAUUAUUAGUUCCUCAUUAAAUGGCAUUUCAGGUGGUGUUCCAGGAGCCUAUCCUGGCUCAGUCUUGGUCCUAUUCAGUAUUUUCAUUAAUUUUGGUGAUGAAAUAGGAACUAUGCAUACAAGAUUUGUGACAUUGUUCUGGGAAGGAUUUUAGUCAUGUUGGGAGAUGAAAAAGAGGAGAAAAAAUUUUUUGACAAAUUCUGAGUGCAGUCUAAAUAACGUGAAUUUUCAUAAAGUGCAAAGGAUUGCACUUCAAAAGAGAAAGGAAAAGCAUCACUAUAAACUGGGAAAUAAUAGUUUAUUAUUUAAUAAUAUAUUAUUAAACAAUAUAUUAUUAUUUAAUAGAUUGAAAUAGGAUUUGAGAGUUGCAGAGUACCGCAAUGUAAAUAAUGAAUUAACAGUGAGAUGAUACUGUAAAUGGACAAAUACUACUAUAGCACAUAAAGAGAGACAUGUAAUUUGAGAAUGGUAGGAAGUACUUAUUUGGUUCUACUUUUAAUAAAUGAGUUCGCAGUUGAAUAGUGUAUCGAAGUCUAGGUAUGAUACCUUCAGGAAGACACGUAUCAGUUGGAAAGAAUCUGGGGAAGGAGACGCUAUGAGGGAGGCCACCAAUUUUGAUACAGUCUGAAAAAAAAACAAACGGUAUACCUAAAAACCCACACCCCCACGUACACAUUCACCCAACAACUGGUUAUGAUCAAUUGAUCUACUCGCCUGCUGAGGAAAAGGAAGUGAAAAUCAUCAUGCAGGAAAGCCGAUUUACUUACUUGGCUAUUGCAAAAAUCCGUCCAGAGAAAGCAGUUCAAGAGCAGGACCCUGCGGCUGCCCUGGCCCUGCGCCCCAUCCCCCGCUCGGCGCCGAGUGCCGGUGUUGCGGGUUCCGAUGCAGUUCAGUGAUAUAGAUGAUCCUUUCCUGCAUCGUCUUUUUGAGUAAUCCCUCACAAUUCAAAAAUCCUUUGAGAAAUUCGUUUGCUCCAAAGCGCGGCGGCCCCAGCCCGGCAGCGCCCGCGGCGGCCGGUGGGCAGGGCCGCGCCCCCCCGCGUACCUGGAGAACGCUCGUGACCGCGGCCGACGGCGAUUCAGCUCCCGGCCUGCAAAGCGCGGCCGUGCGCCGAGAGCAGCGCUCGGACCCGUAUGAUGCUGUUCCACUCCAGUCUAGUGUGGUGUUAUGCUCCUGUUCAUCCCCAUCAAUGGUGAGGAACCAAGCAGAUUCCAGCACUCCAUCUGUCAUUUCCACCUGUGGCAGCAGACAGGGAUCUAACAUGGAGGGCACUGCAGCUGAAUCAAGAUCUAGUUCAAACUCCUUGCAGCAGCAUACAGGACAGCAGCCUCCACAGCCUCGAAAGAAACGACCUGAUGACUUCAAAUUUGGGAAAAUUCUGGGUGAAGGAUCUUUUUCAACGGUUGUCUUGGCUCGAGAAUUGGCAAGUUCUAGAGAAUAUGCCAUUAAAAUUCUAGAAAAACGUCAUAUCAUAAAAGAAAACAAGGUGCCAUAUGUGACACGAGAGAGAGAUGUAAUGUCCCGUCUGGAUCACCCUUUUUUUGUGAAACUCUACUUCACCUUUCAGGAUGAUGAAAAGCUAUAUUUUGGGCUUAGCUAUGCCAAAAACGGAGAGCUGCUAAAGUAUAUACGCAAAAUUGGUUCAUUUGAUGAGACCUGUACAAGGUUUUAUACUGCUGAAAUUGUAUCAGCCCUGGAGUAUUUGCAUGGGAAAGGAAUAAUUCACAGGGAUCUUAAGCCAGAGAACAUCUUGCUAAAUGAAGACAUGCACAUUCAAAUAACAGACUUUGGAACAGCAAAAGUAUUACCUGCAGACAGCAGACAAGCACGGGCAAACUCAUUUGUGGGGACAGCACAGUAUGUUUCUCCAGAACUGCUAACAGAGAAAUCUGCCUGCAAAAGCUCUGACCUCUGGGCUCUGGGAUGUAUAAUAUAUCAGCUUGUAGCUGGAUUGCCGCCAUUUAGAGCUGGAAAUGAAUAUCUUAUAUUCCAGAAGAUAAUAAAGUUGGAAUAUGACUUCCCAGAAAAAUUUUUUCCCAAGGCAAAAGACCUUGUUGAAAAGCUCUUGGUUCUAGAUGCUACCAACAGAUUAGGUUGUGAAGAAAUGGGAGGAUAUGGACCUCUUAAGGCUCAUCCCUUCUUUGAAUCCAUUGUGUGGGAGAACCUACAUCUUCAGACACCCCCAAAACUUACAGCGUAUUUACCUGCCAUGUCGGAGGAUGAUGAAGACUGUUAUGGAAAUUAUGACAAUCUCCUGAGUCAGUUUGGUUGCAUGCAAGUUUCUGGUUCUGCCUCUUCCCAUUCACUGUCUGCUCCAGAGACAAGUACACCACAGACAUCAGGAGGAAAUAUUGAACAGUAUAUUCAUGAUCUUGACAACAAUUCCUUUGAGCUGGACCUACAGUUUUCUGAAGAUGAAAAGAGGUUACUUCUGGCAAAACAAGCUGGUGGAAAUCCUUGGCACCAGUUUGUAGAAAAUAACUUAAUUCUAAAAAUGGGUCCAGUGGACAAAAGAAAGGGUUUGUUUGCACGUCGGCGCCAGUUGCUGCUCACAGAAGGACCCCACCUGUAUUAUGUGGAUCCUGUCAACAAGGUUCUAAAAGGAGAAAUUCCAUGGUCUCUAGAGUUGCGACCAGAAGCAAAGAAUUUUAAGACAUUUUUUGUUCACACACCAAACAGGACAUAUUACCUGAUGGACCCGAGUGGGAAUGCUCAUAAAUGGUGCAAAAAGAUACAUGAAGUUUGGCGGCACAGAUACCACCAGAAUGCUGCUAAAUAGUAAAGCUCAUCCAAACUUUCCCAGUUUCCCUACUUGCUGCUAGAACUCCGUGUGCAGCCGAUCAGAGGAAUCUUUUCAACCCACCUAUUACCAUCUCAAGGGGAAGCAUAUGUCUGAAAUGUUCUGGGUUUUUUUGUUUUUGUUUUUUUACUAAGAAAGAAAAAAAGAAAAGCAAAAACCUAAUGGAAUUCAGGGUCGCUUUGCUCGCUCUUUGUGCUUCUGUUGAGGCUUCCACAUGCAUAUCACUGCAGUGAAGAUCUUGCUUUUGUGCACUUCAGCUCAAUUUCUGCUGCAGACUAGAGGAUAGACCUUGCAUUACCAGCUUCACUUAAGAUGAGUUAAAACCAAUCCACACGCACACAUGCUGAAUCAUGUACCAGCCUUGCAUUUUAUGGGGCUGGAGUUUUCUGUGACUUCCAGAUUAUCAUUAAACUGUAUUUCAUCAGGGAGCUUUUAUAUGCCUCUCCUAAGCACCACCUCUUUUUCUCUUCCUUUCCUCACAGUCCCCCAGCUUAUUGGUAUAUGGCAUUUGUAGCCUGGUCAGUUGCACCCAUGUGUAAUUCCUAAUAUAGUUCUGGUUGCAGGAUUUAUGUGGUACUUUAGUAAUUAUGUGAAUGAAUCAGAUGUAUGUGUCUGGCAGACAGGCUCCAGUGAUACAGGUUUUGAGAGAGUGAAAUGCUGAGCAUGGCACUGAAAGUUCUCUAAAAUUGUAAUGUUGGCUUCUGAAGCAUAUAAGAUCUUAAACAUUCAAUUUUAAUUUUAAUAUGAAUCAUGUGUGUUUAAUCAAGGGACAAUAAACUUAACUAGCAUGCUUUUAACUAAUGCUAACUAAAGACUUAGCUAGUUAGUAUUGGGGGGAAAAAGGUUACUAUUGAAGUAGUAAAUAGUUUUUCACCUUUUCAGGAGGUGAGGGCUAGAAGCUUUCUUUCCAGGUUGUGCAUGUAUUGUGCAUUUUAGUGGGGCCAGCCUGUUUACCUGGGUAGAGAAGGAAGUGUGAAAGCUUUGUAGAAUUGAUUACUUGACUUUUUUUUGUCUCAUUGAAUAAUGAGAUGUACAAAAUCCUGUUUUUGGUCCAUGGCCAAAUAUUUAGUAACUCUGAAAAAAAUUUAAGCAAUUGAAAAAUCAGAUCCAUAAAGCAAUCUAGUUAAAAUUUCAAAGGAAAGAUAUUGAUAAAAGGAGAAAAUAUAUGAUACUUAAGGCAUAUCUAGAAAAUGAAAAUAUUUUUCAUAUCGAUAUCCUUUAUCCUCUUCAAAUUAAGGCUUUUUUUGUGGUCAAACAUUUCUUGUAAUGCUGCAAAGACAAAACUUUAUGUGCUAAAAACAACUUACCUAAUGUUUUUUUCAACAUGCUUGUGUUCCUGAACCUUGCAGAGAGGAAUGACCUAGGUCUGUACGAAGGCAUUCCUUGUUUUAAAAGUGGUAUAAACAUCACACCUAUUUAUUUGCCUUCUAUGUAUACCAUCUCUUGGCAUUUUGAAGUAUCAUAUUAUGAUGUGCUUUUCCUUCCACCAAAGAAAGAAAUGUUCUCCUGCAAUGCUGAAAAACUCAUGGGCUACUGUUCUAGAAGCAGUAUUUCUAAAAGCAAUGGCUUAUCAGGAUUUUACGUGAAUGUUGGGUAUUUUGUUGUCGUACAGGAUGAAGGCAAGGUAUUAUUGAUCUCUUAAAAACUGUUGUGUGGUUGGACUUGAUGCCAGUUCAGCUUUUCCAGUAUCUUUCAGUCUUUAAAGGAGAGAGAGUGCAGUUGCCUUUUCUUUUGGAGGAUCUACAUUCUUGUAAUCUUCUAUUAUCCCACCACGUACACAGACUUGACAGAAGUAAAUCACUGGCUUACAGUGCCUGGUGUUAAGGAAGCUAAGGUGCCCUGUAAAUGGCUGAGACAAGACAGACAGAACACCAUCCCUUUUGUGUCACGAAAAACUUCAUCACGUACAAGUUGCACUCCUUUUCACUAAAAUUUUAAUAGCACAGUACACCACCUCUCUGUGCCUGUGUUAAUCCUGUAUUUACCAUUCCAAACAAGAUGACGUGUACUCUAAGUUUGUUGCAGUGCUAUCCAUUUGUUCUCUGGUUGUCAAAUUCCAGCUGUACAUUGGGUUCCCUGGAGGCAACCCUACUGCUUUUGGACUUAGUCUUUGGUAUGGAGAUGUCAGUGUACCAAUUUCCAACUUUAUACAGGAGAGUUUUGCGGUGUCAUGGUGCCACUGCUGUUCAAUGUGACAAAACUUGGCCAUAUGUAAAAAGUCUGGCAAAGUUGUUCUGCUAAUACUGAACACCUCAGCUUCAUUAGGAGGUGGAGUGACCUCCAUUGGCUUGGUCACUAGGUGGAAAUCUAGGAAUGCGUAAGCAUGUUUUCUGUGAUAUUUAGGCUUGUGAUCAUUUUGCCAUUACAAAGGAAUUUUUGCUCUUUCACACCCUGAAAAUUCUCUCUCAGAGCACUUCUGUCCUGCCCACCAAAAGUGUUCAGCCAAAGGAAUCUUGGUAGUGGUAAGCUCUCAAGAAGUUGUCUGGAAGGCUGAUGUCUACAUUCUGGUAUUACAUCUUUAUUUUGAUAAUGCUGUCAUUAGGAAACCGCGAUCAUCUCUUGCAGGCAUCCCUCUCCUUAGAACUUCAGUGUUCCAAAUCAAGCUUUCUUUAGCUGCUGCGUUUUUGGGAAGGGACCAGAACUUUUCUGGAAGAGGUAUUUGUCGGUCUUGGACUGUAAGUUGAAUCCAUGGUUUUGAAAGAUGGCAGAAUAGAGUGAGGCAAGACAAAACAAUCAUGUGCAUUUAAGUAUGUUUCACUGGUUUUUCUACUUAAAUGUGCAUUGCCAGGUGUGAUAUGCUAUGAAGGGCUGGUUCCUGUUCUAAAUGCUUAUAUCCAGAAGCAGGGUAGCUUCAGACCUUUGUCCUGAAGAUUACUCGUGUGGUUCAUGGGAAUUCACGGAAUUAAAUGUACAAGGGAGGUUCUUCAGAGCUGCAGAUAAGUCAGUUAAUUUCUCUGCUUUUUAUUCAAGGUCUUUCAAAGCACAAAAAGGGUUGUUAGGCACUUGAAGACUCUUCUUCAGACUCCUCACUGCAAACCUACUGAAAAUCCAAUCUGUUGUUUCAUUCCAUCUUUUGUAUUUUGAACAAUUGCCAGUCAUUUAUAAAGAAUCUGGUCAGUAAUUGAUUUUGUUUUGCUUGGGAUUUGAACUUCGGGAAGGUGUUUAUUGCUUCUGUAUUCUGUGGGGUGGAGCUCACAAAAGGAUGAAGUACUACUGCUAGAAAGGGCUUUUGAAUCACACUGUUCUAUUCAGUGUCCAGCCCGGUCACAGGAAGUUUAAAACUGCUUUGAUAAACUGGAGACAUGAGUUAUUGCCAUUGCCCUUAAAGACUGGUUUUGAGAAGGAUUUAUAUUAAGGCAGGCUUGCUUCAGAUGUGAUGUGGAGGCAUUGUGAGCAGACUGACAUUACCUAUUAAGAUCUCAUGUGCUAAGCAUUUAGAUACUGAAGACAUCAAGCCAUUGGAUAGUAGUACUGUGCUCUGCUUGUCUCCUUCUGGCAUGAUUUAUUUGUGAGGUAUCUGCCAUAUAUAAGCCCAGAAAAAACACAGCUCUGUAGGUCAAAACAAAAAUUUGGUAAUUGUAAUCCCUUUUCAUAGUUCAAGAUGCUUAAUGUGCUUGGUAUUACUAUGUUUUGUGCUGGGAACUUUGAAGAAUCCUGAGGGAUUCCCACAUGUACACUUAACAGUUUCCUUUGAAUGAUGUAGUAAAGCAGAGACAGCUGCUUCGUUUGGCCAGUGGACAAAAAUCUGAUUUCAACACCUUGCUGAGGAGAGAACUUUAUAUUAAUAGUUGCCUAAAGAUGUGGUCUGUGGAUUCUGAUCAUCCUUUCUACUAGUGAAUUACAUGAAUAGGUGUGGUAUUUAUAUCUGAAAUUUUGCUGAAUGCCUGUAAUAUUUUAUGCAGAUAUUUUAUUAAUCAAAUGGAAGUGCUCCUGCAAAGCUUCAUGACACGGAUUGUCCAUCAGCUGAUCAAGCAAGCUUACAGACAAGUAAUUCUCUGACCCAAAAUGGCAUGCUUUCAGUUAAGACUGGUGAUUUAAGAAUGUUUCCUCUUUCUUAAAAGAAAUGUGACUUCUACACAGCAAACAAUUGGAGAGGUCCUUAAGCGCCCCAUGACCUGGUCUGUCUGUUGGCAUGGCAGUGAAUGUAGAUGGUUGCCAUUUGACAAAGCUUCCUAUGACCAUGUACUGACUCUGGAUGUGGCAAAUGUUCUAAAUUGUAGCAGAACUUACAAUUACUGUAUCUGACAAAAGAUAAGAAAUAGGAACCAGGAACUAUAAUCAGUUUUGAUAGUUGUAUGCUAGCUGUUUUCAGGUUGGUGGCAGUCAGUUACGUGUGUAUAUUCUCUACCUGGUUUGUAGCUGUAACUGUGAUGUACAGAUAAAAAAAAAAAGAAAGAAAACCCCCACCCCCUUCAACAAACACCGAAAAACAAUCUCCCCUCCUCCAAGAACUUACGAAAACAGAAGCAAAUAAUGCAAUGAUAUAAGAUACACACUUUUGUAUUUUUAUUCUUAUAAGAUUAUUUGCUGGCUCUUGUUGGCCUCUAGUUCAGUCUGUGUUAUUUAAAUUCUAAUAUAUGAAUUAUUUGGAUUGAAUUCAUGUUCGGGGCCAUGGUGUUGUAUGUAUUGAUGUACAGCCUUGAAUGUGAAUAAUUAUUGUAAACUAUAUUUUACACCUUUUUUCUGGCUUUAUUAUAUAAAUUUUCUAUUGGUCGAUGAUUUAAUCAUAUCUCAUAAUUUAAUGACUGUUUAUUCUCCUCUCGACAGAUUUCUGUGCUGUAGAUGUGUAGUUAGUGACUGGAUGACGGAUUUCACUUAUGCUUGGUAGUCUGUAAUAAAGGCAUGUAGGGUCCUG